UUUAUAGCGUCCUCUUGAGUUCAUUAAGAAUUUCACUUCAAAAAACAAGUCCAAUCUACUUGAUGUCAUCCUCUUUUUGAUGAAAGGACUUCAAAACUGUUCACAAAUUCAGGUAUUAUAAGAGGAAGUGGACAGCAAAAUAUUGGAGCAUAUGUUAACCUGGGAGCUUAUUAUGUUAUGGGAAUUCCUACUGCAGUAGUAUUAGCAUUUGUAUUCCACAUUGGAGGAAAGGGUCUCUGGAUGGGAAUCAUUGUUGCGCUAUUUGUGCAAGCACUGUCUCUUGCGAUCAUAAUUUUAUUUACAGACUGGGAGAAAGAAGUGAAGAAAGCUUCUGAUAGAGUACACAACAGCGACAACAGACCAACCGCGGCUGAUACAUCGUCGCUGAGCUGAUGUUGGAGAGACGAAUGAUUCAGUCUACUAUUAAAAA